UUACUUGAUUAGUUUCACGUUGCUCCACUCUAUUUGGCGUAUACCAGUUGUGUCUUAUGAAAUUUGAGGAGUUUGACCACUUUGUCUUCGGCACUUUUGAAUGGGCAGGUUGUCCAUCUUCCGUCAAUGCGGCCUGGUUACAUUUUACAGGCACCCAGCUAGUAGUUUUAUAAGUUCUUUCAUUCAUUCCCGUAUUUCGCCGUCAUCGUCAAGAUUUUAUUACACGAUCUCAGGAUCAGAUAACAGCAUGUCUAAAGAUAUAGAUGUGGCAGCGAUGAGGAAGCCCUACCGUGGGAGUCAAGACAUAUUCGACACCAAAGACUUGGCAGCCUUGGAUCCAUUUGACCAGUUCUCGGCCUGGUUUACCGAGGCUUGUAAGGUUCCUUCCAUUAAGGAAGCCAACGCCAUGUCCCUAGCAACUGCAAACAAAGAAGGUCACCCUUCAGUCAGAAUGGUUCUCCUCAAAGGGUAUGACAAGACUGGCUUCAAAUUCUUCACUAACUAUGGAAGCAGGAAGGCAUCAGAACUGGAUUCAAAUCCGUUUGCCUCCCUCUUGUUCUACUGGUCCAGUAAUGAAUGUGAUAGUACUAUAUCUCGGCAGGUUCGCAUUGAAGGUGUGGCCGAAAAGCUUUCCGUAGAAGAGUCAACAGAAUACUUUCAUUCUCGUCCGAGAUCUAGUCAAAUAGGUGCUAUUGUUAGUCAGCAGAGUUCUGUUGUAGAAAGUCGAUCGGUUUUAGACAAGCGAAAUGAGGAACUAAUGACACAGUAUGAGGAUGAGUCGGUACAUAUACCUAAACCUGAUCAUUGGGGAGGAUACAAAGUCGUACCCAGAGUUAUAGAAUUCUGGCAGGGACAGACAAACCGAUUACACGACCGCCUAGUAUUCCGGCGUCAAAGAAACGGAGAGAUUCUGGAUGAGAAAGUUUCACAAGUAGUAAAUGAUGGUUGGAUUUUAGAGAGAUUAGCUCCUUGAUGUUAUAUGGACAGUUAGCACUCAUGCAUCCAUAUCUUUCCGAUAAAUAUACCAAAGCAUGUGAUGUGGUUUGAGGUUUUGUUGGUGGGUCGUCUUGGACUUACCAGUGAUUAUAUAUUUGGUUGUGGAAAUGAAGGUCUUUUGUUAUUAUUUAAAGACUGCAUUGUAAGUUUUUCUCUAAAUGAAUGUUAUCAUGACUAUGCUGUUCUGAAGUUGUAGAACAGAAUUCAUUAUUGCAAUAAAUUAUAACUUUUUC